AUGAAUCGGUUGUUUCUUCCGUCCCUGCGAUCGCUCUUCAUCCGGAAACUGCCAUCUCCUCCUCUGCUUCAGGCUCCAGUAGCUGAUCUACUCAUUGGAAGCCAUGGACGCUUGAGCACUCAAGUGAGUGAGAUUCCAUGGGGUCUUGUGGGAGUGUCGUCGCCUAGGAAGCUGAGUUAUGGAUUUAGAGCGUUUUGCACCGUCGCAGAUUUGGUGACCAAGAAGUGUGUGCCAUGUAACUCCAAGGACAUGCGACCCAUGACUGAUGAAAGUGCUGCUGAAAUGAUGCCCAAGGUGCCCGGGUGGAACUUGGUCAAUGAAGAUGGUAAGCUGAAGCUGAAUAGGUCGUGGAGAGCUAAGAGUUUCACCAAAGGACUAGAGCUAUUUCAGCUUGUGGGGAAUAUUGCUGAAACUGAAGGCCAUCAUCCAGAUCUUCAUCUUGUUGGAUGGAAUGAUGUUAAGAUCGAGAUAUGGACACAUGCAGCCGGGGGGUUAACAGAGAACGACUUCAUACUGGCUGCGAAGAUCAAUCAGCUCGACAUGCAUAACCUACUCCGAAAGAAACCUUCUGCUUCCUGA